AUGGAAUCUCUGUCUUGGUUAUUGGAGAAAGCUAAAGAGAUCGAUGAAUUCAAGGGUAUUAAUUUCUCGGAUAAUGAAGUGGAUAUUUCUCAUCUUUUCUAUGCGGAUGACGCCCUUAUUUUAGGAGAAUGGUCGCGCGAGAAUAUUCAGAACAUGGAGGUCGAUAAUAUGAUGGAAAUAUUGGGAUGUAAAAAGGGAGGGAUUCCUUUCGUCUACUUAGGAAUUCAAGUUGGGGCCAAGAUUACUCGUAUUAGUAAUUGGAACCCGGUUAUUGAAGUUAUAAAGGCUCGUCUUGCGUCUUGGAAAGCGAAAACUUUAUCGAUUGGAGGCGCGAAAACUUUAUCGAUUGGAGUCCGGUUAAUUCUCAUUAAGUCGGUUCUUGAAAGUUUACCAAUUUAUUACCUUUCGCUUUACAAAGCUCCUAAGGCGGUGAUUGAUACUAUUGAGGCUAUUAUGAGUGAAGAAAAAAAGAUUCCAUGGGUUGCUUGGGAUAUAAUAACUACUCCGAAAAAGAAAGGUGGUUUGGGUGUGGCAAAGUUACAAGAGGUAAAUGAUGCGCUUCUUCUGAAAUGGACAUGGAGAUUUAAAAAAGAAGGUAGUAGCUUGUGGAAGAAAAUUAUUUUGGGAUGUCAUGGGUCGAGUAGGCCUUGGGCUAUGUUACAAUGUAACGCCUCGGCUAGUGGUUGUUGGAAACAAAUCGUGAAAGUGGGGGAGAAAAAACUCCCAAAUGGUUCGGCUCUUAAUACUUAUUUUGUUGGUUUGCUUGGCGAUGGUUCUACUAUUAACUUUUGGGGAGACAUUUGGUUACGAGAAGAACCUCUUCGACUUACAUAUCCAAACUUGUUUUGGCUGGAAAAAAAGAAAUGGGUCAAAGUUUCGGCUCGGAUUCAAUGUGUGAACAAUGUUAAGAGCCUGGAGUGGGAUUGGAGGAUGCCUCCUUCUUCGUAUGCGGAAUUGACAGAGUUGUUUCAACUUCUAGGCGAUAUCCAAGAGUUGAAUUGGAGAGGAGGUCUAGAUGAUUGGAAAUGGAAGGCAGAAAACGAUGGUAUUGUCACAGUGUCCGCUGCAAAGAAAUUGAUCUCCGCUAAUUCUAUGGCUUCUAAUAGUCCAAAGGUAAAAUGGAAAGGUUAG